UCCAUAUUCUCAUUUCUCUCUCUCUCUCUAACCUUUUAGUUUCUCUCUCACACAGUUACACAUAGCAAUGGCGAGAGUGUUGCUGAUACUAGCUCUAUGUGUGCUACUUCCGGCACUGAUCUCCGCUGCUCGUCCGAUGUCACGGCCGUUCCGUUUGCAAGGCAAAGUUUACUGCGAUACUUGCCGUGCCGGUUUCGAGACCUCCGCCACCACUUACAUUCCACGUGCUAAGGUUAGGGUGGAAUGCAAGGACAAAGAACAAAAAGUCCUCUAUACCAUGGAGGGAACAACCGACUCGACCGGAACAUACCACAUUCUAGUCAACGAGGAUCACGGAGAAGAAACAUGUGACGUUGUCCUAGUCAGCAGCCCGUUGGGCGACUGCAAGACAGCUGACCCGGGUCGCGACAGGGCCCGCGUGGUGCUCACGAGCUACAAUGGCAUUGCAUCGGACAAACGUUUUGCCAACGCUCUAGGGUUCAUGAAGGAUGAUAUCUUGUCUGGUUGCACCACACUUUUACAAUCACUCAUGGAAGAAGAGGACUAGAUUGUGAUUGCAUAAUAUGGUUUGUUGUGGUAUGUUAUAUGUUUGGAAGCUGAGUCAAAAAACGAGUCAAAACAUAUUAUGUUUAUUUAUUUUUUUUAUUGUGAACUCUAUUUAAGUUUAAUUAAUAUAUUAUGAGUAAUCUUUAUAUUA